CCCGAGCUAACCCACUCCUUCGACAAAGUCUGGAUCUGCAGCCACGCUCUCUUUGAGCUCAGCAAGUACCUGAUCUACAAGCUCCUGACCCUGGUCCUUGCCAUACCGCUGGCCCUGGUCGUGGGGAUCGUCUUCGCGGUGCUCAGCUGUCUGCACAUCUGGAUUGUGGUGCCUUUCGUGAAAACCUGUCUCAUGGUUUUGCCUUCAGUGCAAACUAUAUGGAAGAGCCUGACAGAUGUUUUCGUCGUACCAUUCUUUCAGAGCAUGGGCCGAUGCUUUGCCAUGGUUAAUAUACGCCUGGACCAAGAGUGA